CAUAUAUAUCAUACAUCAAAGUGAAAAUUGCCUUCGAAAUAGAAAGAAAACUAAAUAAUCCAAGAUAUUUUGUAAAGAAAGCCGUAGUUUUAUUAUUUUUACACUAAUUUAGAUUAUAUAGCAACUAUUUUUGAUAUAGUUACUUUUAACCAAACAUUGUAAAGUUUUAUUUACUACAAAGAAGAGAGCAAACAAAGAAAAUACGUUCACUUUCAUCAAAGCGAAGUUUUUUUUUUAUUUCAUUUGAUAAAUUUUGCAUUUGUUUUUCGUGUGCGUAUCAAGAAAUAUACGAGAAAUAACUGCCGGAUUCUUUGUGUUUUAAAACGCUAAAUAUUUAAUCAUGGAUGCAGAAAAAUCAAGCAAUAGCUCUUUUGAAGAUCUUUCAAAUCUUAAUGAGGCUGAUAUGAAGGCAGCAUCCGAGGCAUUAUUGGAUAAGGAACGGCAAGCCGGUAGCGAAGCUACUGAGGCAUCAGCGCCCGCCGUAGACUCCGACAGUGAUAGUGGUGCGCCUGCUUCUGUGGGCGAUGAAGAACCCUGUGAUGUUUUGGGUAAUGGUCAGUUAAUAAAACGCGUUAUUAAGAAAUCGAAGGUUGAGAAGAAACCACAACGUGGUGAAUUAGUGACAAUAAGUUUUACCGGCAAACUGGACGAUGGCACCGUUGUUGAGAAGGAAGAAAACUAUCAAGUACAUGUUGGUGAUUAUGAGGUCGUUCAAGGUCUUGAUAUGGUUGUACCAUUAAUGAAUAUAGGUGAAGUGGCUGAAGUUAAAGUAGAUCCUCGAUUUGCCUAUGGUUCAUUGGGUUUAAAAAAUGACAAAGAACCUGCUUUAAGCAUUCCUCCAGAAGCAACAAUAACAUAUGAAGUGCAUUUAAUCGAUUCUAAAUAUGAAGAUUUUGCUGACUUGAAAUCAUUUGAUAUACGCAAAAAAUACGGCACCCGCAAAAAGGAACGUGCUAAUUUCUGGUAUAAUCGCAGUGAAUUUAGUACUGCCAUACAAUUAUAUAGACGUGCUUUAGAAUAUUUAGACAAUCGUGAUGGUGAUCCUGAUGCUGAAUUUGACAAAGAAGAUAUUGAGCUUUCAAAUUCCGAAUUACAAACUUUAUUAGAUGAUCGAUUGAUAGUCUAUAAUAAUUUGGCUAUGGCACAAAUCAAAAUAUCAGCUUUUGAUGCCGCCUUAAAAUCGGUAGAACAUGUUUUACGCUGUCAACCCAAUAACUCGAAGGCUUUAUAUAGAAAAGGCAGAAUACUUGAGGGUAAAGGAGAUACCAAGGGAGCCAUUUCACUUUUACAAAAAGCAGCUACUUUAGAACCAGAAAGUAGAGCAAUACAACAGGACUUGGCCAAGCUUAUCAUUAAAGCAAGACGUGAAGAGCACAAUGAAAAAGAAAUGUAUCAAAAAAUGUUGGGUCAGGCUAAGAAAUUGGAACAGAAAAAUAAACAACCUCAAAAACAACAAACUGUGGAAAGUUCUAAGCUAAAAUUACUCGGCUAUCUAAUGGGUUCCAUAUUAAUCGGUGUUGCUGGUGUAGCCAUUUAUCGCUAUAAAUACUAAACAACAACAUUUGCAGAAAACAAAUAAAAUUAACGCAACAAAUAUAAUUUCGUUUUUUAUUUAUAACCCCAAAACUCU